AUGCAUACUAUCCUACUCUCGCUGACCACCCUCGUCUACUGCUGCGUAGCAGUGCGUCAACAGUCUGUUGGGAUUACCGGUCGCCUUAUGUGUGGGGAUAAGCCAGCCGCAGGAGUGACAGUGAAGCUGUGGGAUGAGGACGAUGGUCCAGAUCCUGACGACCUUCUCGCCCAAGGAUUCACCGACGCUAAAGGAGAGUUCACCUUGAAGGGUUCGGAACGUGAAACCACCAACAUUGACCCAGUGUUCAAAGUGUACCAUGAUUGCGACGACGGCUUAAAGCCCGGACAGCGAAAAGUGAAAUUCCGCAUCCCCGACCAAUACAUAUCAUCCGGAGGAUUGCCAAAACGUAUCUUCAACAUCGGUGUACUGAACCUGGAAACGAUUUUUCCCAAGGAAGAACGAGAUUUGAUCUGA